UGAACCAGGAGUGUGUGUGUGUGUGUGUGUCUGUGUGCGAGCUGAGAAAAGUCUGCCCAGUCAGUCUCUGGCUGCCGGUGCGAGCUGUUACCAUCACUGCAGUCUUUUCUAUCCUCUUAUUCCUUUGAGAGUCAUUCCAGAUUGGGUCCACCUGUUUUUUUUAAGGACACAUAAUGAUUCAGUUGUCAGUGGGGUUUGGAAUUUGGAGUCAAAGUAUGUACGUGUCUUUUGAUUCCUUUUCUUUUUAACUCUUUGAGUCACUUGCAUCCAUCUCGUGUGUUUUAGAAGCAACACUGCUGCCCGUGAGGAUUUGUGAGAUGAGAUGGUGACCAGUUCCAGCUGAUAGACAAAUAAACCAACCAACCGUGUCAGUAAGGAUGUGUAAUUACUACACCUCACAUUUGCACCUGCUGUUGUUUGCGGUUUUGUGGAGCCUCAGCUUCCCAAGUCUGCUCUCCGCCUGGCCGGGCCCCGGUCGCAGCGAGCCAAAGGAUCAGCUGGACCCUAAUGUUCGGGACUGGGGGGACUAUUCGGACCUCCCUCCGGGGAUCGAGCAGGGACAGAGGUUGGAUGAAGAAGUACAACACGCAGGCAACAGAGUUGCAGGAGAAUCAACAUCAAGCCUGGCUCCUGAGCUGGAUUUCCUGGCUGAAUUUGCAGGUAAAAAGCGACUGUGGGUGAUAACAGCCCCAUCGCACAAUGACCACUAUCUGCAUAUGAUGGAGAAACAGCUGGAAGAGAUGGAGCAGAAAGUGCUGAACUGUCGUCUAGCAGAAAGAGACACCUUCAUCAUCACCAUCAUCCAGAACGCCAUGAUGGAAGGUCGGAUACAGAAAACAACUUUCCCGGGAGAAGCCAUGGUCGAGAGCCUCGACCCGGACACAGUUACCAGGCUGCUGCACUACCUAGACCUCAACAACCAGGAGCAAGGCUUCACCAUGCUGGUUCUGAAGAAGAAUCUGUACGUCAGUGAGCGGUUCCCCUAUCCGGUCCGAGUUGAGGCGAUUCUGGAGCUCAUCGAUCAGUUCCCCAUGAGGAAGCUGGAGAAGAUGACCAGAAAAGGAGCCAACAUAAGGUGUAGCCCUGUUAAAAAGAAGGUUGUGGUGAAAAGGAAAAAGAUAAAGAGGAAGAUGGUGCUGAGCUCUCAGAGGCAGGGAAAUAGGACUUCUGUGGGGGCGCUACCAAGAAAACCUCUGGACAAAAAAGCCGCUCUGAGGAGUAAGAUCCAGGAAAUACUAAGCGGACGGUCGAGGUUUGUUAUCCGUAAGGUCCCUGCUGCGGGGUCCACGAGGGGAAAGGCAUCGAACAGCGGUGGUCGAGCCGCUGCCAACGGACUGGAAAAAGAGAAAGAGCACAGUUCUCCCUCUGUGUCAAAGAGCAACGAAGAAGUAAAGAAGCCCAGGGCCGAGUCCACCGUGGAAGAAGAUAAGAAAACACAUGGAGGGAGAAACAGUGAGGACAAAAGAGAGCAAAACGUAAAGGACGAUUCACAGGAAAAACCUGGCUCAAAGAAGAAGGGAAAAGGAAAGAAAGGAAAGAAAGGGAAAGGAAGAGGGAAGAAGUCCAACAGAGAAGCCAGUGAUGAGGAUAAAGCGGCCUUGAAGGACCUUUUGGAAAGUUUAAAGGGAAACAGAAGGUUGAUGCUGAUCUCAACGCCCAGCAGAGACGCGACGCUUUACAUCCAGCAGAAAGAGGAGAAUGAGAAGAGUCACUGUGGCCUCGCCAUCAGGAAGAUCACCGUUGCAACCAUUGUGGAAGGCAGUGACGCCACACUCACGCUGCAGCACUACCAGCUUGAAUCAGAGCCUCCACUCAGUGACGUGUCAGACCAGCUCUUUGGUUCAGGCCUGAUCUCCCUGUUGAGAGCUGAGCUCCACCUGUCAUCCGCUGACCUCUUCUCCAUGACCGUCACAGACUACGACAUGAGGCCUGAUAGAGUUUUUGAAGCUCCCCCAUCGAGCCCUGCUCUGUUCGAGUACAUCGAUAACUUCCCCUCAAGGCGCCCAGAGAAAGAAAAAGAGAGGAAGAGCCCCACAGUCUGCACCAAAGACAAAGAGCCUGGAGCAGAGAACUCCCUGCUCAGGUUCAUGUCUAAGAGGAGACUGCUGCUCAUCUCUGCUCCCUCUGAGGACGACUACUCCUUCCAACAGCAGCUCACUGCUCUCAACGGACAGAAGUGUCACCUGGGUAUUCGCCACUUUGCCAUGUUAAAGUUGACUGGGACUGGAAACAAAGCGUCAGGAACUGUUGAGUUAUUUCCACUUAAUGGUCAUAGUCAGAGUGAGGUCGAGCCGUUAUCCCGCGACAUGGUCAACAACAUGAGAGAGCAGCUGAAGAUCAGCAAGGACUACUUCAGCAUGCUGAUUGUGGGGAAGGACGGUGACGUCAAGGCGUGGUUCCCAUCCCCCAUGUGGUCCCUGGAUAGCGUUUACGACCUGGUGGACUCCAUGGAGCUUCGCCUCCAGGAGGAAAAGCUGCAGAAGCGACUUGGGAUCCACUGCCCUGAGGACAGAGGGACAGGAGGCAGUGAGGCGGGACACUAUCACGGCUAUGGUGACGAGGAGAUGUACUCAUAUCACCGGUCGGAAAAAUGAUGGGAAAAAGGAAAAAGGAGGAGGCAGUGGCUUGAGGAUCUUAACUCUUGAGAUGAGACGGACAGUACAUGAACACAAGGAUUUUAUACAUGAGCAAACUUAUAAAAAAAUGGCCUCAAAAACUCGUGACUGAAAGGAUUUGAUGUAUUAUAUGUUUUUUAUGUAAUAAAAUUGCGAAGUGGAGAAAACUGAAAA